AAGACAACAGAAACAAUUCCUCGUAAACCUGCCAGCAUUGAUGUACAAAGCACGACUGAAAACAGCAUCAGAUUCACAUGGACAGAUCCUGCCAUAUUUAGUGGUAAUAUUUUACAAUAUAGAAUAACAUAUAAAUCAUCUGAAUCUGUUUAUCCAACUACCGUGGUAGAACCUAAGGAUAUACUUGUUGAGGGCAGUAUUGAUUCACACACUUUAGAAGAAUUACCACCGGAACACAGUUUGAAAUAUCAGUGAGUGCAAGUACAUCAAAGGGAUUUGGUAAACCUAAAUCAUUAUCUCUGGAACUAAAAUUGGUAUUGAUGUUUUAAAUAUUCUGGAAGAGCCUCAUGUGACAAAUGAACCAGUAUUAACAGAAACCACUGCUACUAUAGAUUUGAGAAAAUCAAAAUCAAACACAGACAUAAAGACUGAUACAGAACUUGUGAGUUAUAUUGUUGUUGUGGAAGAGCAGAAGCAGAAAAAAAAGCGUGAUUUACAAGAGAAUAUGUAUAUUACAGCAUCGUUUCCACUUAAUGAAAUCCCUGAUCAACUUAUAGUGGGUGAUGAUAUGGAAUAUAAUGGUUAUAUCAAUAAACCAUUAACACCUGGACAACAAUAUGCCAUAUAUGAUGGGGUUGCAGUAUAUACUACAGGGGUGGAAGAAAUAUUAUUGACAGAUGAACCAAUAACAUCAUUUAAAGAUGGUGUACUAAUUGAACCAACACCAAGGCAGAAUGAUGCUAUUGUUGGUGCUACUGUUUCAGUUAUUAUGGUUCUUAUAGUCAUUGCAGGAAUAUUAGCUGCAAUAUUUAUUAUUAGAAGGCGCCAAAGAAAACAGAAAAGAAGUAAUGAACAUGAAGCAAGUGGUCGAAAUGUACCGUCAGAGAAUACUUAUGCAAAUGUGGAGGAUAAUAUAACAAGCUCAGAAAGAGAUAAUAUUACACCUAUCACAGAUAAAGAAACUGGUGAAUCUCAAUAUAUGAAUAUAACUGAAGCAAAGAAGGCUCCUGAUGUGGUGAAACCUGACAAACCUAUAAAGCCAACAGAAGUGCCAACUUCUGAACUAACCAAACCAAGGGGUCUUCCCCCAAAGCCAAAACCUAAAGCCAAGCCAAUAUAUAACUCGCAAUACACAAUUCAAGUUAAAGAUUUGGCUGAUUAUGUUAUUAAGAAACGAGAAGAAAAUGAUUUUGUUGCAGAAUUUAAGUUGUUGCCUCAAAGCAAAAAAAUGGAAAUUCCCCAUGAAGCUGCUAGUAUUCCAGAGAACAAAUCGAAGAACAGAUUUCACAAUGUUCUUUCUUAUGACCAUUCUAGAGUAGUAUUGGAUGUGAUUAACGAUGAUCCCAAUUCGGAUUAUAUCAAUGCUAACUAUAUUGAUGGUUACCAGAAAAAUAAUGCAUACAUAGCCACCCAAGGAACAAAUGAUAUAACUAUUAAAGACUUUUGGAGAAUGGUAUUAAAAGAAAAUGUUGCCACAAUUUUGAUGGCGACCAACUUAUCAGAAGGUGGGAAGAUUAAGUGUAUCCAGUACUGGCCAGACAAGGGCAGCAAGAAAUAUGGCUCCAUAUCUGUAACACUUGUGAAAUCUGAACAAUUUCCUGACUACUUUCUAAGAACAAUCAUUGUGAAACAAGUAUGUGUACACUGCUGA